UUUUCACUCCAAAGAACGAUGACUGUCAACCGGGAAGAAUGGGAGACGCUUGUGGUGGCUGCGGAGCUUGUGGCAGCGCUGUGCACGUCGUUUUGGCUGGCAACACGUCGCUCUGGACGUGUGGACUCCCGUCCGCUCUCUAGUGAGCCUGCUGCUUUGCUACAGCCUCGCAGCUGCUGGUCGUUGCGAGCUUUGUUGGCCUUUCGGGCUGGAGUAGCGACCUUCUUCCUGCUGGUCCAAAUAUGGGACGUCUAUCGCUCCGGAGGCCGCUGUCUGGUCUUCUACACGUCGUGGAACUUCAUACUGCAGGGAACAUACUUCUUCGGGGCUGCAUGGCGCACCAGAAGCCAAUUACAGCGUCGAUUGGACGAGAGAACGGCAAGUUACACGGCUCUGGUGGACGGAGGUGACGAUGGUACUGACAGCCCCUUCGCCCGGCGAAGGAGGGUCAUUAGAGACAGUGGUUUGUACUGGAUCGACUUGGAACUGCUGCUGGACGUUUGCUUAGCCGCUUCGGUGCUUAUCUGCGUCGUGGUGUGGACGGUGUUGUACCCGUACGCAAUCAAGACCGGACAUCCCGAGAAGAUCUUGAACGGAGUGAGCUACUGCCAACAUGGGGCCAAUGUGUUGCUGCUGCAAAUGGACUUCUUUGCUACGAGACAUUUGGUAUCGAGAGAUGCGUUGCCGCUGAUUAUGGGCUGGCCGUCGGUGUACGCUGUGUUUGCGUGGAUUGUUCAUGGAACUGUAGCCAAAGGAUUUUGGCCCUACCCGUUCCUCAAAUUGAACACGCCAUGGGCCCCGUUUUGGUAUGGAGGAAUACUAGCAGCACAUAUAUUGGCACUGAUGGUGAUGAUGCUGCUAUCCAAGGUCAAACACAAACAACAGAGAUCGGUGUCAUUUGCGGACCAAGUCGAGGUGUAAUUCGGUCAAGCCGAUGAAGGAAAAGUUGUCGAGUAGAUGGCUAAUAAGGAUAUGUUACAGGCCCGCCGUACUUCGAAAACGUUAUCAAAACUCGCAUGGUCAAGACACGAUCUUGACCUCGAUCAGCUCUCCACCUUCUACGUCGUAGUCCUGUCACAAGGUAACAAAUAGUGAGUUAAUAAACAUAUUGCGGAAAUGCCAUGGGGUUAACGUUUCAGCCACUGACCUUAAAGGUUUGUGAUGCUGACAUUUUCUCUCCGUCGAUCAUGAGCGAUA